UCCCCAGGCCCUUCGUCCUCCGAGCUGCACAAUGGAGAAGGCAGGCCAUCAGCCCCGAAGCGUGCACGCAAGGCUAUCAACUGUGAGCCCUGCAGGAAUAGCAAACUCAAAUGUGACCGGAAUCGACCGUGUUCGUCCUGCGUCUUAAGAGGU